CAUGAAGCUAUCACAGCCCUGCAGAUCAAUGCCCGAUGCUUCCAGUGCGGCGCCCGUCAUGCGUUUGGUACCGCCGAAUAGCCCUCCAUAGCCUUCGCCCUUUUGGUCAAUGUCGGCCUAUAGCCACACUCCCCUUAUCGAGCUUUGCGGAGAUAAUUACCCGUGGCUCAUCGAAACAUCAGGUCUACCGGUCGUCCUCCUCGGAUCCAUUCGUCAACCUUUCAAUUGAGCAAUAUCUUCUUCAAAAUACACCAGAAGACUCCGAUAUCUUGUUUUUAUACGUCAAUCGGCCAUGUGUGGUGAUUGGCCGGAACCAGAAUCCUUGGCUUGAGACGAAUCUCGGGGCUCUAGCGAAGGAAUCAUCAAUACAAAGCGAUGAUUCAACCUCGACGCUAUACGUUCGACGGCAUUCUGGUGGUGGUGCGGUGUUUCAUGAUGCUGGAAAUCUGAAUUAUAGUGUUACCUGCCCACGAGAUGUCUUCACACGAGACCGACAUGCCGAGAUGGUUGCGCGCGCACUGCGGCGAAUAGGCGCUAUUAACGCAUCAGUCAACGAGAGACACGAUAUAGUGUUAACCCAACAACGCAACGAGGCAGUCCGACAAAAAUCAACUGCAAGAAUUGAGGACCCGCCAGAGGAAUCCACCCCGCAGGCACUGAAAAUAUCCGGUUCAGCAUACAAAUUGACCAGAAACCGGGCAUUGCAUCAUGGUACCUGUUUGGUAGACUCGCCUAACGUGCAAAAUCUCGGGGCUUUUCUAAGAUCACCUGCCAGGCCGUAUGUACACGCUAAAGGUGUUGGUAGCGUUCGGUCCCCUGUUGGGAAUGUAUCAUCUGCUCUCGUCAAUUCAACGCCGUCCGUUUCCAUUAUGCACGAAGUCAUUACGAGUAUAGUAGAGGAAUUUGCUGCCCUUUAUAAAACCGGAGAUGAAGUGUUGGCUCAGGUAAAAAACGUCACACUGAGAGAAGAAACUUUGCGUAUGGGAGAUGAUUGGGUUGUGGGUACAUUAGGAGAGUCUCUGGCACGAGAGGUAUCCGACAUCCAAAAAACUGUUUCGAUGUUGAAGUCGAAUGACUUCAAGUUUCUUCAAACACCCGAAUUCACCUUCUCAACGUUCCCAACAGAAGCCGACCCCCGGCCACGACCUCCUCUACCUCACUCUCUCCCCCGUACGACAAGUGUAUUCAUCCGAGCCAAAAAGGGCGGGAUUCUAGAAGCUCAAAUAUCUACUUCCUCUGACGAAACCAUCAGGGUAGAGCAAGAGACUCGGAGUCAAGAAUACCUGUGCCACAAACUUCUUCAUGAGAUGGAUCGGCAAUCCUGGAAUGAGGCUAUACGAGCCAUUUCGUCCUUUGAUGACGGUCUCCUCCAGCCUACAGAGGAGGUGAGUGACGCACUGGCCGAAUUUCUAUGUGAUAAAUUUGGGGUCUCUUGAUAAAAUGUAUAUAUAUGUAUAAUUAUUUAGACCACAUGUACCACAUAAAAUACUAUUCAUUGACUGGUU